CAGCAGUGCUGGCAUUAACUCCUGGGAUUCCAGCAGUGCUGGCAUUGACUCCAGGGUUUGCAGCAGUGCUGGCAGUGGCUCCAGUGUUCCUCUGGAGAGCAGGCAGGACGGUGUUGGCGGCUCUGUGCUCCCGUGGCUGCGCGGCUCGCAGGGGGUGGGCUGAGCUGUCACACAUUUCGGUGUCUGGCGAAUGCGCGACUCGCUCGGCCCGUCCCGCUCCUGUGGGCAGUGACAGAGCUGGGAACGAGGGGCUGGUCCUCGCGGGAGCAGAGCUGGAGUACUUGGAGUGCAGGGCAUUCCCGGGUGCAGCCGGGGCUCGGACCAUGCCUGCGAGCGAGGAGGAGGCGAGGCUCCUUGCCCGUCCCUCAGCUGGCUCUGAGCCCCCCGUGGUUGCCCUCUGAUGUUGGGGGCUGUGCUGAAGGAUGCGGGCGCCGGGGGCUGCCUCGCUGACAAGGAGACUCCUCGGAGGCCUGCAGAGGAGACGUAGGAUCUUCAGGCAGGUUCUGGCAGCUGGAUCCCGAUAACAGAUAAACUCACUUGACCGCCAUGAGUUGGAGCUUCCUGACCCGCCUGUUAGAGGAGAUCCAGAACCACUCGACCUUUGUUGGCAAGAUCUGGCUGACGGUGCUGAUCGUGUUCCGGAUCGUGCUGAUCGCCGUGGGGGGCGAGUCCAUCUACUACGACGAGCAGAGCAAGUUCGUGUGCAACACGGAGCAGCCGGGCUGCGAGAACGUCUGCUACGACGCCUUCGCCCCCCUCUCGCACGUCCGCUUCUGGGUCUUCCAGAUCAUCCUGGUGGCCACCCCCUCCGUGCUCUACCUGGGCUACGCCAUCCACAAGAUCGCCCGCAUGGUGGAGCAGGGCGAGGCCGGCAGGAGGGGCCGCAGGAGGAGCCUGCCCGUCCGCUGGAAGCAGCACCGCGGCCUGGAGGAGGCCGAGGGCGACCAUGAGGAGGACCCGAUGAUGUACCCGGAGAUGGAGGUGGAGAGCGUCCGGGAGAGCAAGGAGAAGCAGAGCCCCGCCAAGGCCAAGCACGACGGCCGGCGGCAGAUCCGGGAGGACGGGCUCAUGAGGAUCUACGUGCUGCAGCUCCUGGCCAGGGCCCUGUUCGAGGUGGGCUUCCUGGUGGGGCAGUACUUCCUGUACGGCUUCCAGGUGAGCCCCGUGUUCGUGUGCGGCAGGAAGCCCUGCCCGCACAGGGUGGACUGCUUCAUCUCCAGGCCCACCGAGAAGACCAUCUUCCUGCUGAUCAUGUACGGGGUGAGCUGCAUGUGCCUGCUGCUCAACGUCUGGGAGAUGCUGCACCUGGGCUUCGGCACCAUCCGGGACACGCUCAACAGCAAGAGGAAGGAGCUGGUGGACUCGGGGACCUUCAACUACCCCUUCACCUGGAACACCCCGUCGGCUCCCCCCGGGUACAACAUCGCCCUGAAGCCGGAGCAGAUGCCGUGCACGGAGCUGUCCAACGCCAAGAUGGCCUACAGGCAGAACAGGGCCAACAUCGCCCAGGAGCAGCAGUACGGCAGCACCGAGGCCAACAUCCCCACCGACCUGGAGAUCCUGCAGAGGGAGAUCAAAGUGGCUCAGGACCGCCUGGACCUCGCCAUCCAGGCCUACAACAACCAAAACAACCCCGGCAGCUCCAGAGGGAAGAAGUCCAAGGCAGGCUCGAACAAAAGCAGUGCCAGCAGCAAGUCGGGAGAUGGGAAGAACUCGGUCUGGAUUUAACGCCGGCUGAGCUGACGUACUGUGGGGUUUUUUUCCCCUAGUUUAUCAUCAUAACCAGCAGCCCCGUCAAUAAUGGCUUCCACUAAGGGAAUAUUUGACUGUGGUUAUUUUCAGGGAUACCGUUGGCUAGUGAUUCACCCCCUGGAAAGGGUUUACACACUGACUCUGGGAUUACAGAACUUGAUUCUUUUGUCUUCCAAGUCAGGAGGCAAAUAGGUAUAUUUAAUUCAUUCUCAUUGAACGGUUUAUGCUGUAUGUACAGUAUUAUAGUACAUUUAUUAUGCACAAUUUCUUUUGUAUUUGUACACUGGAUCUGAUGUUCCACUUUUUAUAUCGACCAGGACAAGGCCAUGGGUAGCCAUUAAUUAGCAUUUUGUUAAUUUUAUUAUUGUUGUCAGCAGUUAUGUCGUUGUUCUUCCUUGUUUUCCGAGUAAAAGGUUUUUAUAAAACUUUUCUAUGCUGCGUUUCCGAAGUGCCUUGAACGUGCAGACAGUGGAGCCUCCACUCUCUGGGCAAUCCCUGGGUGGGGAAAUAUUUGGGAAACUGUUCAUGGUGCUCCUGACUCUGCCCUUUACUAAAAUGAUGUGCUGCUGGCAAACUGGAAUUAUCAUCCCAUAAACUCCUAUGUCCCACAGGUUUUUUCUUCCCCCUAUGGAAAAUGACUUACAGGAAAAAAAGUGUGUAUGUGUGUGUGGAGAGCAGGAGUGCCAGAGGUGGAGAGGGCUCAGACCUCCUUGCACGCUUCGUGCAACAGGAGGGAAGAGACACUUCAAAGUCCUGCAAGACAUCCGAAAAAAACCUGAGUAGGAAUGCCUGGAUUCAGAAAUUCCACAUAUUCCGGUGAUGUUGAUGGGAGGAGAAGCUUGUGAGGGUGGAGUAGCAAGGGCAGGCAGUGGAAGCUCCUGGGGAGGAUUCCUGGCCCUGGUCCUGCCUCUCCCUCUCCCUGAGCCGGCACACAGGAGCUGUCUGGGGCAGCUCCACGAGGCCCUUCCCGAAUAUCCCUCAUUCUGCCUUAUCCCAGCCCCCUCUUCCCCCUGUUCUGUCCGAGGGGUUCAGUUCAGACAGAGCCAUAUGUACAUUCAGCUUUCUGCCUGAGAGCCCAGGGUUUGGCACUGAGCAGGAGGGGAGUGCAGGACGGUGCCUCGGGCUCUGUCUUUCUGGCAGGGAGCCCCGAUCGUCCUGGAGACACUCUGCAAAUGUCUCUGCUUUCCGUGCUCUUGGUGAUGGAUUUGGGGCCUUGCUGCUCUCCCUGUUUGCUGUCAGGUUUUGGGGGGUUUCAGUGAGUUUUGGGGGCGUGUUUCAAGCAGGACUGUUGUGUUCCGGGGCUGCCUCAGCCCUCAGUCCCUCAUCAGAGCCGGGUCAGGAGCAGGACUCAGGGAGUCCUGGAAUCACAGGAUCGUUUGGGUGGGAAGGGACCUUAAAGCCCAUCCAGUGUCACCCCCUGCCAUGGGCAGGGACACCUUCCACCAGCCCAGGUUGCUCCAAGCCCUGUCCAACCUGGCCUUGGACAUUUCCAGGGAUCCAGAGGCAGCCACAGCUGCUCUGGGCAGCCUGUGAGGAGUGAGGAGUGAGGCUCAGAUAAAUCCCUGCUCCAUUCCCAUCCCUUGGACACCCUCACAGAGGCUCCAUGCUAAACACCCACCAAGGGAACAGGAGUGUGUCCUUGCUGUCCCCUCUGCACGAGCAUUUGCUGAUGAAAACAGUUGUUGUGCUGAGUUGUUCUGGUGUGUUUUCCCUCAGGUUCACCAGGCAGGCCAGGCGUGGAUCCCGACUAUCCCUGAGCAAUCUGGAGUGCCCAGAGCCAGCACAGCCCCCGGGUGAGCCCCUCUGGGGCUGUGGGGGCUCUGGGAAGGGAACUGGCUGCUCAGCCCUUGGCUCAGCACUGACCCCAGGCAGCAGCAGCCGCUGGGUUUCGGGCAGAGCAGUGCCAGGGAGGUGUGUGUAAGGAAGGGCAGGUGACACGGGAGGACCAGAGCAAGUGGACAUGGGCAGGGACAGCCCGUGAGGUGGGACUGGCUAUGCAGGGGAGAGGAAAAUCAUUAAUAGGGCUCCUCUAAUUAAACAGGGGCUUGAAGAGAAGGAGCCACAGAGGCUCUGGCAGAGAGAGCUGUGAGCGUGGUGGGGAAACUGGGUGGAAAACGUGCCUGGAAGUGCGAGGGAGAGACAUUUGGAGCCCGGAGAUGAGCAGGGCUGGUGGCUGCAGUCCUGCUUGUUAUGCCCAGCACUGGGGUGGUUCUGCUCACUGUCCCAAACAAGUGACGCUGUUCUUACCCCGUGUGGGGCUUUGGGAACAGCCCUUCACCAGGGAAAGCAGGGAAGAUCCUUCCCCUCGGUGCUCUCUUCCCAAACUGCAGCGAUUUCCUAUUAAUGGAUUAAAAUAAAGCAGGUUCCCACCCCCACUGCUCCCUGUUGUUUAUUUCCCAAUUAAUGAUCUGAGCCAUCCCCCACACGAAGCUGCUGCCUCAGGUCAGUCCCAUGAGCCCCUGCCCACCCAGUAAACCCCUGGUAGUGAACAGAGUCUCCAGAACAUUCCAAUCCCAGAGCUGGAUUCACUCCGAAAAUGCCAAGUACUGGAGCUGUUUCUGUUGCUGCUUUUUAUUUCCACUUUAAUUGUGUGUGGAGUGCACAUUUUGUUGGAAGCUGAGCGUGUGUUGGUCGUGGGGUCUGUCACAGCUCCCUGUUCUGGCUGUGGCCGAUUCCAGAGCAUCAGGCUUGAUAUUUCCUUUUGAAGAAAUGACACCUUGAAUUGCUUUAAAAUGCCCUUGCUUUGGCUUCAUGUGAAGGUCAUUCCAAAAUAAACGUCCAGGAGAGACUUUGGCACAAAAAAUACUGGAUGGAACUUGGGUUUGUGGUGACAU